AUGGCACAAAGAGCCCAGCAGAUCGCUUCACACCUGAAUUACCCCUCCGGCCUGCUUGCUGGACAGGUUGCUAUUAUCACGGGCUCGGGACAGGGCAUCGGCGAGGAGGCCGCACGACUCUUUGCCAACGAGGGUGCCAAAGUCGUUAUCUGCGACGUGGACAGUGCAAAAUCCGAUGCGGUAGCCAAAUCCAUCAAUGACGCUUCACCAGGACGAGCCAUCUCGGUCCCUGGCGACGUGACGGACCCGAACUACUUCCCAGUGUUGGUUUCUAAGGCGGCGGAGUUCGGCAAUGGCAAGAUCCACAUCAUUGUUAACAAUGCCGGCUAUACGUGGGAUGGCGUUAUCCACAAGACCACAGACAAGCAAUGGGACACUAUCAUUGCUGUCCACAACACCGCGCCUUUCCGGCUGAUCAGGCAGGCUGCGCCGUACUUCAGGGUCAAGGAUGGUGAGAAGAGAGUCAUCAUCAAUAUCUCUAGCACAAGCGGCACGCACGGAAAUGCAGGCCAGGCGAAUUACAGUCUGGCAAAAGCCGGUGUUACUGGUUUGACGAAAACCAUUGCGAAGGAGUGGGGUCCUCAGUUCGGAGUGCGCGCCAACACGAUCGCAUUCGGCCACAUCAACACGCGUCUAACUCAGGCCAAGGAGUCUGGUGCAUUCAUCACCACGGCCGACGGCCAACGCGUUGCUCUUGGUAUCCCUGGGGCACAGAUCGCGGACCGAAAAGGCGCCGCCGACGCUCAGCCUUACAAAGACAUUCCCCUUGGUCGCCCCGGAACCGCGACUGAGGCUGCGAGCUCCAUCCUCGCCGUCUGCAGUCCUCUCUUCAGCUACGUUAAUGGCCAGACCAUUGAGGUCACUGGUGGGCGGAAUAUCUAG